AUGAGGAAGCUUUGCGCAAAUCUAGAGCGAGAAGAUGCCCUUGACACCGUCCUCGAGAUUCCUUUACCGGAGGAGAUGUUUCCCAACUGGAAGGGAGGCGGCGGCGGAUGUGCGAAGGGAGGAUCGUCGUCGUCGUCGACCGGCCAAGACAAUCGCUACGCUUGGCUCAAGUCGCAAGCCUUCGACAAAGCCACCGACACCCCGCCGUUGCUGAAGCUUUCCGGCCGUGCCGCCGAGCUGCAGCUCCUCCUCAGCGUCGUCGGCUCACCGCUCAUCCCUAUGCCCGUGCCGUUCGACACCGCAUUCAAUAACCGUUCCGUCCGCGAAUCAUCCAUUCAAGCCUCUACGGCGAAGUACAUACUCCAGCAAUACAUAGCGGCGACCGGCGGGCAGUCGGCAUUGACGUCGGUGCAGAGUAUGUAUGCAGUUGGGAAGGUGCGGAUGAGCUCGUCGGAGUUCCACAUGGGCAACGACAACUCGGCCGCUGUUCCUCCGUCCAUAACAAGGAAUGGCAAAGGCGAGAUCGGAGGCUUCGUGUUAUGGCAGAAGAACCCCGAGCUCUGGUUCUUCGAGCUCAUUAUGGCCGGCUGUAAGAUGAGCGCAGGCUGUAAUGGCAAGCAUGCCUGGCGCCAGUCCACCUCGGAGCAAUCUCACGCUUCCCGUGGCCCGCCGCGUCCUCUCCGGAGAUCUCUACAGGGCCUAGACCCGCGCUCAACGGCUAAUCUCUUCGUCGACGCAGUCUGUAUCGGCGAAAAAAUCGUAAACGGCGAGGAAUGCUUCAUUCUAAAGCUCGAAGUCAGCGCUAAUGUCCUCAAAUCCCGCAGCGCAUCCAGCUUCGACAUUAUCCGCCACACCGUAUGGGGCUACUUUAGCCAACGCACUGGCCUCCUUAUGCAGCUGGAAGACUCCCAUCUCCUCCGUAUGAAGUCCAGCUGCGGCCGCACCUCCGCCUCCACUCAGAUCAGCUGCAACAGCAUCAACAACGAUUCUUCCAUCUUCUGGGAGACUUCUAUGGAAUCCAUCAUUGACGACUAUCGAUACAUUGAUGGCAUCAAUAUAGCUCACAGUGGCCGAACCGUCGUCACUCUCUUCCGAUACGGUGAGGGAUCGGUUAAUCAUAAGCGCCGGUUGGAGGAGUGUUGGACGAUUGAGGAGGCUGAUUUCAAUCUACAUGGCCUUGCGAUGGAUUAUUUUCUACCGCCGUCAGAUCUUAAGGUCGAUUGCAACUAGGGUUUGUGAGUUCCUUUUUUCCUUUUUCGAUUAGUUGAUUUUUCUGUUAUGCCGUGCUUUUAAUUUCUCUUUUUUUUUUAUUUUAAGGAAUUAGGAAGCAGUGGAAAGGGAGGAACUGUAUAGAUGGAGAGCGGGGUUUCCACUGUUUUUAUUCGUUUUAAUUUUACACCUAUAAAUGAUUUGUAAGUUAAAUUUAGAGUUUGGAGAAAUUAGUAAGAAAGUGUACCUCAUUAUGUAUUGAAUUGAUAUUGCGGUGCAAAUCAUUCAUAUCAGAAGAGUAUAAAAUAGUACAGAUUAAUAACAUGUGUCAAGAAACAAUAGAAUUACGAGGCUGUGAGCUAUGAUCAUUUAUUAAUCU